AUGGUCGCGGACUGAUGACGCCGCUGUAUAACUUCACGACCACUAUGGCGUCCCAUGCGAGCGAGCUGGAAAUCGCAAAGAAAAAUUUAACUGACGCUAUCGGCGAGAAUGUGAAACAUUACUGGGCCAACCUGAAACUGUGGUUCAAGCAUAAGAUCAGCAAGGAAGAGUUUGACAUUGAGGCACGGCGCCUGUUGGCCCAGGAAAAUGUCCAUGUUCACAAUGAUUUCCUCCUGGCCAUACUCACACGAUGCCAGAUCAUCGUCUCCACACCAGAGGGCGCUGGACAGCUACAAUGGCAAGGUGGCUCUGCUUCAAAGCCAGGAAAACCCAAAGGAAAGAAGAAAUGUUCUUCCAGACAGAAAUUUGAUCAUCGUUUCCAGCCUCAGAACCCUCUGAGCGCAGCGCAACCGUUCAGCCCUCGGGAGGCGGCCGGUGAGGAUGAGGAGCUGCGUCUCAGCGCCCACACUCUGUUGCUGCCCACCCGGGGCCAGCUGGAGGCCCGCAUGAUGGUGACGGCAUUUGAACUGGGCUUGGAUAACAUCACAGAGGACUCCAUCACUGCGAUGACCUGCGCCGUGGAGCACCACUUGAAAGAUGUUUUGACUGCUGUAAUUUCCCGGAGGAAAGCGUAUCGCUUACGGGAAGGUCGUUUCCCUUACGCCUUUGGCAGUGAUGUCACACCGCAGCCUUAUCUCAAGAACAGCCUGGCUGCAUAUAACACAGUCACUGAAUGCCCCCCUCCGAGUGCGUCUCUACCAGCGGGCCCACUGCCUCAAAUUUCCCCAGAUGAGGCAGAGCAGCAAGCCGUUCACUUGUUGGCUUGUUCUGCGCACAGCUUCCACAUGGCCCUCCCACCCGUCACCAUGUUUGACCUUCUGGAGGCCUUACAGGUUCACCAUGGAGUGAUGCCCUCCCACACCAUGUACGCUCUGAAUAUGGAGCGCAUCCUGUCGCGCCUCUGGCAUCCCAGCCAUGAAGAACUGGAGCAGGACCACGUGCACAGGCAGCGUCUCGCUGCCAAGGAUGCGGUGAUGAUCAUCUGAGACCUCCAUGGAUUCUGUGUGCAUAAUAAGUGGCACAUAAACUUUGUCCAGAGCUGAAAAUAGUUUGGAAGUAUUGGGUUCGGAAAACUGCAACUGUGUUGCAUAGUAAGACGAACAAUGGACCAAGAUGAAACAAAACAGUUGGUGGACACAGAGUCAGCUUCAUCCUAGUCAAGCCAGCAGAUUGUCACUCGGUGAGAAUUGUUUAAAGUGGUUUGUUGCAGGCCAGUGUUCCUCUUCAUGUCACUGUGGCUCAUAUAAGUUAAAGGGCAGAGUUUUAGUUAAAAAUGUCACACGCAAAAGUCAAACAUAUCGAGUCAUAUGAUGUAUAAAACCCAAAACCAGUGAAGUUGGCACUUUGUCAAUCCAUUCAUUUUCUACUGCUUAUUCCCUUUGGGGUCGCGGGUGGCGCUGGUGCCUAUCUCAGCUACAAGCUGGCAGAAGGCGGGGUUGGCACUUUGUGUAAAACGUAAAUAAAAACAGAAUACAACUUAUAUUAAAUUAAGUAGACUGCAGAAACAAGAUACUUAAAGGCCUACUGAAACCCACUACUACCGACCACGCAGUCUGAUGGUUUAUAUAUCAAUGAUGAAAUAUUAACCUUGCAACACAUGCCAAUACGGCCUUUUUAGUUUACUAAAUUGCAAUUUUAAAUUUCCCGCGAAGUUUCCUGUUGAAAACGUCGCGGAAUGAUGACGCAUGCGUUUGACGUCUCCGGUUGUAGCGGACAUUUUUUUCCAGCCCGAUCCAAGCUAUAAGUAGUCUGCUUUAAUCGCAUAAUUACACAGUAUUCCGGACAUCUGUGUUGCUGAAUCUUUUGCAAUUUGUUCAAUUAAUAAUGGAGACGUGAAAGUAGAAAGAUGGAGGUGGGAAGCGGUGUAUUGCGGCUGCCUUUAGCCACACAAACACAGCCGGUGUUCCCUUGUUCAAAAUUCCCGAAGGUGAAGCUUUACUAUGGAACAGAGCGGUCAAGCGAACAUGGUUCCCGACCACAUGUCAACCGGCAGGUUUCGGUGAGAAAAUUGUGGUAAUAAGUCGGCUCUUACCAUAAUUAUGAGCGGAGCUUGCGUCCUCCUGCAGCUGCUGCGGACUAUCACCUCCUCCCACUGGAGACACUGGCGGUCACCACAUCCGUGACCACACCCCUCCGACUUUCAGGUACCAUAUAAUCUCACUAAAACCCUAGUAACACAAUGAGCAGAUUAGGGAUUUCCAAGAAUUAUCCUGGUCUUUUACUCUCAAUAUCCUCAUCCAGGAAUCUUUCAUUCUUGCUCAAAUUAAUGGGGAAAUUGUCGCUUUCUCGGUCCGAAUCGCUCUAGCUGCUGGUGGCUAUGAUUGUAAACAAUGUGAGGAGCCCUCACACCAGUGAUGUCACGCGCACAUCGUCUGUUACUUCCGGUAAAGGCAGGGCUUUUCUAUUAGCGACCAAAAGUUGGGAACUUUAUCGUCGAUGUUCUCUACUAAAUUAUUUCAGCAAAAAUAUGGCAAUAUCGCGAAAUGAUCAAGUAUGACACAUAGAAUGACCUGUUAUCCCCGUUUGAAUAAGAACAUCUCAUUUCAGUAGGCCUUUAACGUUCCAACUAGUAAACUUUUUUGCAAAUAUUAGCUCUUUUGGAAUUUGAUGCCUGCAAAAUGUUUCAAAGAGGCUGGCACAAGUGGCAAAAAGACUGAGAAAGUUGAGGAAUGCGCAUCAACCACUUAUUUGCAACAUCCCACAGGUGAACAGGGUUAUUGGGAACAGGUGGGUGCCAUGAUUGGGUAUAAAAGCAGCUUCCAUGAAAUACUCAGUCAUUCACGAACAAAGAUGGGGCGAGGGUCACCACUUUGUGAACAAAUGCGUGAGCAAAUUGUCUCAACUACAACAUUUCUCAAUGAGCUAAUGCAAGGAAUUUAGGGAUUUCACCAUCUACGGUCUGUAAUAUCAUCAAAAGGUUCAGCGAAUCUGGAUAAAUCACUGCACGUGAGUGAUGAUAUUACAGACCUUCGAUCCCUCAGGCGGUACUGCAUCAAAAAGCGACAUCAGUGUGUAAAGGAUAUCACCACAUGGGCUCAGGAACACUUCAGGAAACCACUGUCAGUAACUACAGUUCAUCGCUACAUCUUUAAGUCCAAGUUAAAACUACUAUGCAAAGCGAAAGCCAUUUAUCAACAACACCCAAAAACGCAGCCGGCUUCGCUGAGCCCGAGCUCAUCUAAGAUGGACUGAUCCAAAGUGCAAAAGUGUUCUGUGGACUGACGAGUCCACAUUUCAAAUUGUUUUUUGAAACUGGACGUCGUGUCCUCCGGAACAAAGAGCAAAAGAACCAUCCGGAUUGUUACAGGCACAAAGUUCAAAAGCCAGCAUCUGUGAUGGUAUGGGAGUGUGUCCAAGGCAUGGGUAACUUACACAUCUGUGAAGGCACCACUAAUCCUGAAAGAUGCAUACAAGUUUUGGAGCAACAUAUGUUGCCGCCGCUUAUUUCAGCAAGACGAUGCUAAGCCACAUGUUACAACAGUGUGGCUUCGUAGGUACUAGACUGGCCUGCCUGUAGUCAAGACCUGUCUCCCAUUAAAAAUGUGCGGCGCAGUAUGAAGCCUAAAAUACCACAACGGAGACCCCUGAUUGUUGAACAACUUAAGCUGUACAUCAAGCAAGAAUGGGAAAGAAUUCCACCUGAAAAGCUUAAACAAAUGGUCUCUUUAGUUCCCAAACAUUUACUGAGUGUUGUUAAAAGGAAAGGCCAUGUAACACAGUGGUAAAAAUGUCCCUGUGCCAACUUUUUUGCAAUGUGUUGCUGCCAUUAAAUUCAAAAUUAAUGAUUAUUUGCGAAAAAAAAUUAAGUUUCUCAGUUCAAACAUUAAAUAUCUUGUCUUCUCGGUCUAUUCAAUUGAAUAUAAGCUGGGAAAAGGAUUUGCAAAUCAUUGUAUUCUGUUUUUAUUUACAAUUUACACAACGUGCAAAUUUUACUGGUUUUGGGUUUUGUGCUGCAUCAAAACAAAUAGCCGAAAGUACAUUUCAGACCCUCCAGGAUUUCGCAAUGUUGCAAAUUCAACUAAUCCUCAUGAAUUGUGUACGACCUCGCAAGUUUGUCCAACUUCCCCACACGCUCUGGCCAAUCAAAUUCUUCCCUGAGUAGCACACGUCAACGUAUCUAACCAAUCAAGUGUGACUCAGGAUGCACUAUUAAAUGUUUCAUGUCUCGACCAGGGGUCCCCAAACUUUUUCCAAUCAGGGCCACAGACUGACAAAUCAAAGGACGUGGGCGCCAUGUUGGUAGUUUUCACCUUCACAACCAGUACGAUGUAUUUUUUUUCUUCAAAGAGCUAGAAAAAGCAAUUUCAGUAAUUUCAUGUGAAUGUUGAAGAGCCAAAGCCAAACGUAGAUGCUGACUGUGAGCACGCUGGUGGGAUAGCGUCAAAUAACAAAAAAAAUAUUAGCAAAAUUAGCUAAAAAAGCUUUAGCAUACUAAAAUGCUAACUGUAAUUUGUGACCAAAACCAAAAUGUAAUACUCAGAGGUGUGUUUCUGAAAUGUUUUAAAUGCUAGUCUGCCUAACAUGCAUCCAAAAUAUGACACAGGUGUAUACCAACAAAAUUCGUUAAACAAAAGAUAGCUUAAUAACAUUAGCAUGUUAAUGUGUAUCACUCGUUAAGUUACAAAAUAUUUUACGCUGAGGUGUAUACCUACAAAAAAAGGCUAGCAUGCUAAUGUUAAAAUUCUGUCGAUUUUUCCGCGGGCCGUACUGUGGAAACCCCUGGUGUAGACAAACCCAGAAAAACAACUUCGAACAUUCUCGACUCUUUAUUGUUUGAAGAUCACAACUCUUAUAUUCUCUUGAAGAUCAGACACUCUUCUGGUUCCUGUCUACAGCGCUAAGCCUUCAGGGUAAUGUAGUAUAAAACAUUGCGCACACCCAUGUCUUUGAUGAUAAUCGAUCAUCUCAUUUACCAACAAAUAUCACCGCUAUAUAAAGCACUCAACAGUUUCCUAAUGUUCUCAGUGUGUUGUAACAAAUUAAAGUUUAAAAUAACAAAAAGUGUAAAACAUAGACGGAGAAUGUCUGCAACACAUGGACGACAGAGGAGACCGCAGACAACUACACUAAUUUGACAAUUUGCUGCCAUGAUCUGAAACAGUGCCAAAUAUUUGAUUCAUUAUUAAAGUACAGUGUUUUAUUUUUCUAGAUUCAAACUGUGUAAUGUUACACUGGCCCAAAAUGAUUAAAUACACUUGCCUUGUU